CACACACUCACACACACUCACACACUCCUUGACAGACGCAGAAGUGAGGAAAGCGCUGCGCAGUGUGUGUCCUUGCAGCAGGCUUUGGGAGCAGCAGCGGCACUGUGGAGCGACUUUACAGGAACAGAGCUACACAAUGCUUGUGUGAAGAGCUGCAGCGUGUGUAUGUGUGUGUGUGUGUGUGUGUGAGAGAGUGAGAGAGUGUGUAAUUCUUCACUGAGCUUCUGUGUAAGUGUGUAAAUCGCUGAAGCUGAGUGAAGCGGAGCGCCAUGCAGUGCCAAGCCGAGUUCCGGCUCGCCCAGCCCGCGCAGCUCAAAGCGGCCCGGCGGCGCUACAAGACCUUCAUGAUCGACGAGAUUCUGGCCAAAGAGACGUGCGAUUACUUAGAGAAGCUCUCUCUGUACUCUGUGUGUCCUUCGCUGGUGGUCCGACCCAAAGCCCUGCACUCCUGCUCCGGCCCAUCAUCACUCAGCACAUACCCCUUGCUGUCUGUCAUCACCCGUCAACCUCCCAGUGGUCUGGCACACAUUCCCCAGCCCUCGCCCCCUGGUCGGGUCACCCACCUGCCCAUAGUGUCGCCCCAGCAUGCACUGCCAGGUGAGCCGGUGCCCAGCGAGACGCCCGUCAGCAUCAGCAGUGAGUCAGAGACAGAGCACAGCACCCCCCGGCUGAAGAAGCCACGUCGCAGUCGUACCAUCUUUACCGAGCUGCAGCUCAUGGGUCUGGAGAAGAAGUUUCAGAAGCAGAAGUACCUCUCCACUCCUGACAGAUUGGACCUGGCUCAGUCUCUUGGUCUCACCCAGCUCCAGGUCAAGACUUGGUACCAGAACAGGCGCAUGAAAUGGAAGAAAAUGGUGCUAAAAGGAGGGCAUGAGGCCCCUACAAAGCCUAAAGGCAGACCGAAGAAGAACUCCAUCCCCACUACAGAGGAGAUCGAGGCAGAGGAACGACGGCUCGCCCAACUGGCUGAGGAAGAGGAUCGGCUAAGAGGGGAAGUUCAAACCGAGGUCCAGGAGCAAUUCAAAAAACAGGGAGAAUUGUUUCAGUCACAACCACAAGACCUGAGCACAAGUGGGCAGAGUGAGAUCCUCCAUCCCCUGCCUGUGGGGGCAUCAGAUGGUGAACAAAUCCCCCAAUUAACACCAGAGAGCUAAAUUAGCAUCUACAUCGUGCCAAAGACUGAGAGUACCAAAAGUGCUGAGUGCCUCCGAUCACCAUAGCGCCAAAGACAUGAAAAGACAUUCGGUCUCGUUUAAGGAGCAGCGCUUCACUCUGUAAUGUUGCUUUACAUACUCCUUUGGCUCCUUUUUCAGUAUUUUAUGAUCACCCGUGUGCAGCCAAAUGCACUUCACAAAAUUCUCCUAACAUUGGUACGCCGUGUACCAAACGGACAAACAGUAAGUGUUUAUGUUUUAUUUUUCCUGAGCGAUUUGCUCUUUACACCAUAAUGGCUGCCUAACUUUAUUGCCUCUGUUGAAUGUGUGUCUUCUGUGUACAGCCGAGUCUCGUUCUCUGCCAAAGAUCAUAUAUCUGAAAUACUGAAAUACCCUCAGAGGUAAUAGUGCCUUUUUAUCAUCACAUUCAGACGCCUUUUUUCCAUUAAAUGCCAGAAAUGAAUGAACACAGGUGGACACUUGUACAGGAGGUUAUUUUUUUAUAUGAUUAUAUAUGACUUUGUAAAGGAAGCUUGGGAAAGGGGGGUAAAAAAAAACAAAUUAAUAAAAAAACUUAGGGUUUAAUUAAUACCAAACAAAAACUGAAAGUUUAUUAUUAUUAUUAUUAUUGUUAUUAUUAUUAUUAUUAUUAUUAUUAUUAUUAUUAUUAUUAUUAUUAUUAUGUUUUAAUUUCCCAAAGCACAUUUUCUUUAUUGGAAAGCUAAAAUGCUUUUGGUUUUUGAAAAGCUUUAUGUAAUUUCAGGACUUUUUUUUUUUUCAUACAUGACAACCUUCCAAAAGGAUAUUUGAAAAAAUCUUUUUGUAAAAAUAUUUCCCAAACAGCAUUUCCAGUUUUAUAAAGCUAAAAAGGUUAUGCAGUUACAGGACUUUUAAGUAAAUGACAAGCUUCCAAACACAACAUUUUGUUUGUGUUUGGAAGCUCAAAAACAUUUGAAUAUUUUAAAAAGUUGAAAAAUAUUUUCCCCUCCUUUCUUUCUUUCUUUCUUUCUUUCUUUCUUUUCCAAAGAUGAUUUCCUUCUUUGUAAAGCUAAACUCAUGGCCCUGUUUUUAAGAAGUUGAUAUAAUUUCAGGAAUUUUGUAUACAUGACAAACUAUAUUUGAAUAAUUGAUGCUUUGUAUUUAUUUUGUGUGUAAGAGUCAAGCUGUGUUUAAACUGUACAAAACCCUGAAAAGUGACAUAUUGAUAUAAAAUAUCUGGGAUGAUCUUACAGACAUCUGUAAAGUAUUGCAUUCUUUUUUUCCUCUGUGUUAAUGUGUUGUGGAGCUGAGAUCGGCAGGCCAUUUGAGGAAGCCUGGCUUUUACACCUUAAAUAAAUCCUCUUUUCCUGUCAGGGACAUGGACAAAUUCAUAAAUCACAGUGGCGGCCGGUAAAACGAGGAAACUGACAAACGUGAGUGUGUGCAGGAGGCAGUGUGGCCCGAGGCAGAGGCACACACACACCUCCACCCUGCUGACUGACAAUCGACUAAACUGAGAUCUGCUCAGCACGCUUCCAGCUCCUGACUCAUUUCUGCCUAAUGUAAAAAAUAUGUAUUGUAAAGCUCAUGCUGUUGUUAAGUUUUUUUUUUUUACAGUUUGCCUGAAAAAAUAUACAUUACUAUGACAUGAAAUAUAGAUUGAUAGAAAAUCUGCAAGUGUUUCUGCAUAUGCAACUGAUUUUACUUUUCAUUUUUGGGAAAGUUGACUAUAAAUAUUUGCUAACAAUUGUAUUUUUUUCCCCAAGUCACCCAAACUGUAAUUUCUACCUUCAGUGUGUUUUUUUGCAUAUUUAAUGACAUUUAAUAAAGAUAAUAAUCAUUUA